AUGCCUGAUAGCCAAGAUGAAAGCCUUUAUUUUGAACCUCGUAAAAUUCAUCGCUUGGCAAGUGGAUCACCAAGUAGAACAAGUUUACUCAGGGUAUAUUCAGAGAAUGAAAGGGCGAACUUUGAUCAAGUUACUGGGUCAAGAAAAUAUGAUGACGAUAAACAUAGGCCAAUUCCUAGUGGUGAAAGCUCUCAAUGGCCCCCGCAAUCGAGGCAGAGACGUUAUUCACUUGAUGUAGAGGAAAAUAAUAAGAAGAGAAAUUUGGAUGAAAUGCAAAAUGAAAUGCAAGACGAAUAUAUCCCAGAGCUCGAUUUUGCAGAUGAAGUCACGAAAUGGCUGGAAGAUGAGCCUUCUCCAUCGUCGUGGGAACAGUCGUCGGUGUCGUUCCAUAGCCCGUGGUUGGAGUCACCAAAUGAUAAGAUGAGUCUUCAUGGAAAUUCCUCUCAUGCACAGGUAGAACCGAUACCCUUACCGAAUGCAUCGACAAGAUCAAGUUCUUUGUUGGCACCGCAAACAGGUUCAGCACAGACAGAACCUGAAAAUUUUGAGUUACCUAAGGUGAGGAGGCUGGGGAGGAAAGCGUCAGGGAAUGAUUCAGUAUCUUCAUCACUUGGUGACAUCUCCACGUCAACGUUACAAGAGCUGAAGAUGACACCUGAAGAACUAGUCGAUUUAUUGGGUAAAUUACCAUCAGAUUUUACAUCAAUGGCAUAUUCACAGAGAAAGAAAAUUAUCAUGGAUCUACUGCCUAAUAAGGACCACAGGAUAAUAAUGUCGUGGUUGAAAAAAAUUAUGCUAACGAAUUCUAAGAGCGGAACCUCUCUACAGAAUAGAAAUAGUUUUGUGAGUCCUGCAGCGGCAGUUAGAUCAAGACACGGAUCAGUAGCUUCGCAAUAUCUGAGUUCAUUCUCUCCGGCUAAUAUGGGAGGUGGGUCUAUUGGUAGCGCUGGUAGCUCAAGACCGGAUGAUAAGGGAGCUCUCAUAUUAGGACAUCGGUUAGGUAGAAUCAUUGGAUUUGGUGCGUGGGGGAUGAUUAGGGAAUGCGUUGAUGUUACGAGUGGUGAUACGAGAGCAAUGAAAAUUGUUAGAUUUAGAAACAACAAUAAGGUAAAGAGGCAAGUGGUAAAAGAAGUUUGUAUUUGGAAGGAAUUGAAUCACACAAAUAUUUUAAAACUGUGGAAAUGGAAAUUAGAGGAUGAUUAUGCCAUUUAUUGUCUCACCGAUCGAAUUAACAGCGGAACUCUUUAUGAUUUAGUCAUAUCUUGGGGGGAGAUUGGAUCCUCAAAGAUCAGAAGGAAACACAGGUGUAAGUCAACCAUCGUUUUAUGUUUACAGGUGAUAAAAGCUUUGAAAUACAUGCAUUCCAUUUGUAUAGCACAUGGUGAUAUCAAAUUGGAAAACUGUCUUCUUGAAAAACCGGAGGGCAAUGUGGAUGAUAAAGAAAUUAAAGUAGUGCUUUGUGAUUUUGGUAUGAGUACCCAUUUCGGUCUUUCUUAUAAGGCACCAAAGAAAUUGGUCGGUAAUAAGCAUAAAUCAAAUCAUGGAGAUCCGAUGAGAUUUAAUUCUGCAUCUGAUGUUCAGAACUUGAUGAUUUCUAAAAAGCCAAACAUUUCUAAAACACAAUCAAAUCCCAACGUUCCUAGUAGUGGCGGUGGUAGGCAGAUGAGCCAGUUGCAGAGACUGAUUAAAAACAGAAAAUUAACUCAUGAUGAUACACCAUUAGGGGUUUUAUCGCUGCCUCGAACGUAUGGACCUGCACUGUCGAGUACACAUAUCACAAGUGAGCCUUCAUUACAACAUUUAGUCUCGCCAAUGAAUCAAUUAACGCCAACUAUGGAUGUUGCGACUCCACAUUCAGGUACAGAUGCAUCGAAUGUUCCGGAUCCUCAUUCUCACAUCGGAUCAUUGCCCUAUGCGGCACCAGAACUUUUAGAACCCUCGCCGCCGCCUCUAGGACCUUCAGCAGAUAUUUGGGCUCUUGGUGUUAUGCUAUAUGCAAUGUUAACGGGGAAAUUGCCAUUUAAGCACGAUUUCGAACCAAGAUUAAGAGCAAUGAUUGCGUCCGGUAAGUUCAAUAGAGAGCUUUUGAAAUUCGCGGUCAUUGAUGAUGUGGAGAAGGAGUUCAAGGGACUUUACGAAACAGUAAUAGGGUGUCUAACGGUCGACAUAAAUGCACGAUGGAGUCUUCCCAUGAUCGAAGAGGUAUUGGAAAAAGAUUCCAAGAGAUGA